AUGGCCAAGUCUUCGCAGUCCCGCUCCUGGCGGCGCGGCGCGCCCGAGCCGCGCGCGAACCUUCAAGUGUGCGGGCUGCGAGCGCGCGGCGAGGCGACGGAGGCGGCGCCGGCGCCAAUCCUCCCGCGGCCCUGGCGGGGGUGGGGCCGGCUCCGGCCAAUCGGAAUCCGGGAAGGGGGCGGGACUUCCCUUUCAAACUUCUUAACACCCUUCCUCUCCCUGCUGGAAGAAAAGUUUAGAACUUCAGCCGCGGGACUGGCGGAGGAAGAACACACAGCUUUCAACUUCCCUGCCGUCGGCCGGUGUUUUACUACACAAAUCCCAGUGCCUGGAAACAACCACACGCAUCUAAACUCCGGAAACAUACCACAGCCUCUAAGGAAUAAGGUCUUCUGUGGAAGCAUGCACCGGAAAAUAUCCACCCGCUGGCAAAGAGAUGGAUGGGCACAGGCGUCAAGUGGGAAACAGCAGGAGGACGCUGGCUGGAUUCUCUAUGGGCUGGGAGUUGGAACUUCAAAAAGAAUUCACCAUCUUCUGGCAACAGAAGAUGUAGAAGCCAGGACCUGGAGGACAUGUUUGAUGUUUUCCCCUCAUUCUUUCUUCGUGGACGCAAAGUACAGCGAGUUUACAGUGGCGAUGAUAUUUCAGACUCUGAAAAAAAGCUUUAAGGAACCCAUCGCAACGGACAACAGUAGAGUUACUCAUUCAACUUCGCGGGAACAAAUCCACAUGAAAUGGAGAAUGGAAGAGAUUAGCUAAAUAAUUCAGUCCCGUCUUCAAUCUAGCAUGCAGGUGCACACGCACACACGCACACACACACACACACACACAUGGAUUAUUUCACCCACAUUGAUUCAGAGUGUGGUUUUAAUUCUUGCCCCUUUCAAUCGGGUUAGAACCUUUCCAGUCUUCAAAGUUCUUCUCAAUCCUUUGUCAUUUUAUACUCAGUGCCCAGCACAGUUCCCGGCUCAUAGUAGGCACUCGGUAAGUUUCUGAUCAAUGACAUACCGCCUGAUCUGGAAUAUACUCUUACCGACACGGCCUCCAAUGAACCACACGUCUCUGAAUCCAUGUGGAGCCCUCUCCACACUGACUCUGGGCUUAAUUUGCUUGCCUGGAGAGAUUUUAGUAAAUGUGAUACAAACAGGCACGUGAAUGGCACAUUGGAACAUCACACUUAUGAAGAAGCCUGGGCCAGCCUGCAGGGGACGCGUGGCCAAGUCAACAGCCAGCUUCACUACUGCCAGUCAUGUGAGUAAGGCUGUUUUAGACCCUCCGGUCCCUAUCAAGCUGCCAGAUGACUGCAACCAGACAAAAUCAGCAGAACAGCCCAGUUGAGCUCAGUUCAAGUGCUGACCCAUAAAAUCAUGAGAAAAUAUAUUGUAGUUUUAAGCCCGUGAAUUUUGGGUUGGCAUGUCAUACAAAGACAAUUGAGACGGUACUUUUUUUAAAAAGUGCAUAGAUAGAUACCUUUAGACCAGAAAUGACAAAUAUGUAACAUCUCAUCUAACACAUUUAAUGGAUUGGUACUGUCUUCCUGGAGGGCCAUGUGGAGGGGAACUUGAAGUCCCAGUUACCAGAAGAGAAAGCCAUGAUUAGUAAUGGGUGCAAAGAACGCGGAUGGGAAUAGUGGCAAUAUGCGUGCCUUAUUUUUGCCAUCUUUGUUCCCUUUUAUCAAUCAGGGGCCAGCGAACAAGGAAAGAAUUAUCAAAGUGAAAUGCUAAGUGGGCCAUUUGGUAAGGAGAUUUUCCACUGAGUUAGGGCACAGCUCCCAGGGACAGUGAUCAUGAAGGUAGAACUCCUUGAGUGAACUCAAGCAGACGUUAUUUAUGUCACUGGAGAACACAAUUCCAUGACUGCAGAAACCCACAAUUUGGAGCUCUGGUUGAUUUCCCAGGUUUGCUAGGGGGCAGUGUCCAAGUGGCUUUACUCUGCCCACAGAUCUGGUCAUCAGCUUCAUAGGUACCGAAACUCGGUGUUUUCGGUGCAUCCAGAGGUGGUCGGGCUCUUGGGAACAGCCCUACAAGAAUCACCUUCAUGCGAUUCCGUCAGCAAAAUAAAAUGCAAGGACUUUCCAAAGAUACAACAACUCUUAUUGGCUCCCCAGACUCAGUCAUCAGAAAGGCUCCGUCCCACAAAGAAGAUGGAAUGAGAAGAAAGGAAGCGGGAAGGUUCAGAGGGAAUAUUUCACACGAGUCAGUAAAGGCGGAUAAAAUAUCUCUGUCUGACGAGAGUACCCUCUCUGUAGCAGUGGGAAACCAUGAACCUCAGGUCCAGUGUCUCUCUCCCUUGAGAAUAAUUGGAAGCACACUGACCAGUUGUAGACAUUGACUUAUCUUCUGACAUCUCUGCAGACCCCAUUCCUUCUGGAAGAUAUGCUUCUUCGGACACAUUAACAUAAUUGAGUAAGCCAUUGCCAUUUUUUUUGCUUCAGCAGCACCAUCUGAAGAUCCCACCUUCUUUAGAGUUUGCCUGCCCAAGCUCCUGACUAUCCACUAUCACCUUGAUUUAUAAGGCAUCUUUCCCCUUCCAAGAUUUGUACAUAACGCAUGGAUUUUGUCCCAUCUACCCAUCCAUCCGUCCAUGCAUCAUUUCAUCUACUUAUUCUAUAAAGCACAUGCACUCAGUUGGUCUGGGGGGCCACAAAGAGGAAUAAACAUGGACCCUGCCUUUGAGGAGCCUCAAAGGUGAGAAAGGAGAUGGGAGUCGAGGUGAAGACUCAUCCUAGAGAAGCCCAGGAAAGACAAGAGGAUACUGUAACUAAGACUGAGCAGCGGUGAUAGGGAAGAAGGGGCAGAUACCAGUGUUACGGAGAGAAAAUGAACAGUGAUUGCCCAGUGGGCAGGCAGUGAGAAAGAGGGAAGAGACCAGAGCAAUAAAAAUGGUUGUAAACCACUAAGUAUUCAUUAGUAUCAUCAUUAUGAUCAUUAAUAGCUGGCAUUUAUUGAGAACUUUCACCAUGCCAGGGACUAUUCUGAGCCCUUUAUAUGCACAAAUUUACGUAAUCCUCAACCAAGUGAGGUAGUUACCAUCAUUAUGUCCAGAUUUCAGAUGAGGAACUAUAGGAGGAAGAUCCACAGAACAGUUCUAGAAAUGUGUCAUUUGGCAUGCCUGGGACCGUCCCAAUGGCGAGCUCCAGCAGGGAGUGUAAUGGCGGGAGGCCAAUGAGAGCAUCUGUGCUAGAAACAUCAACUGAGACACCAUCUGCACCUACACGUGGUGGUAGGAGCCACAGGUCUGGUAUGGCAGGUUGAGGACAGGGACAAGGUCAGGACCCAGGAGAAGACCCAAGGCUUCCAUACCUUGAGUAUGGAAAUGAAUGAUUAAACAGUUAGGCUAUCUCUCUACCUUGGUGCUGCCCGUGGAGGUGGCAGCCAUGUCUUACUGGGCAUCAUGUCUGCCCUCAGAUCUCUGGUGAAUCCCAAGAUCAGUAAAAACAGAACCGGGAAGCUCACCCAGCACCGGUCAGACCAAUAUGUCCAAGUUGAGGGCAAACGGCACAAAUCAGAGGGCCCAGCCCGAUCUUGAUGUCCAACACUGGUUACGGGAGCAGUAAGAAAACCAAGCACGGGCUGGCCGUUGGCUUCUGGAAGUUUCUAGUCCACAACGUCAAGGAGCUCGAAGUGCUGGAGGUGUGCUACAAAUCUCACCAUGCACAGAUUGUUCACGAUGUCUCCUCCAAGGAGCCAUGAGCAGUCCAGCCGGCCUCCGGAGUCACCAGUCCCAAUGCCAGGCUGCGCAGCAAAGGAGACGAAUAGAGAGACAGCUCAUGCACCCACUGCAUUUGUGUUAAUAAAACCACAACACCCCAAAACUUUUUUUUUUAAAGUUAGGAUACGCACCAGAACAGGAGGUGUCAAAGCAGCAGGGCGAGCCAAAAGUUUCAAAAAGGAGGCAAUGUUCCAGCGGCUUCAAUCCCACCCGAGAGAGAGCACACAAACGUGUAUGAGAAGCAGCCACUGAAUUAGACAUUCAGGCAGUUUGACAGCUAGUGACGUCGAGAAGCACAGUUUUAGAGGCAUACACACCGUCUCCCAACACGCCUGGAUCAGUGGUUCUCAGAUGCUGGUGCAGAAGACUUUCCUGGCAGUUUAUUAAAAUUCAGAUUCCUGGUGGCAGUUUAUUAAAAUUCAGAUUCCUGGGA